UGCCAGGACAAAUCUCACACAGAAAACCCUGCAGUGGUCCCUGAGGCCAUCCAGUCCAGUCCAGCCCUGCUCAGCACUCUGGACAAAUGGAACCUGCAGGAAUGAACAGCUCCCAGCAUCCUCCCAAGGGAGGGCAUGGCUGCGUUUCCACAAUAUGCCAGGAUCUAAACCCAGAUGAUGAGCAUGUCUUUAUCCCAGCCAUGUUCAAACUCGGUUACUGAGGACUGACCCAUGUCCUCUGCUGGAUGCUGGUUCCAAACUUCAGCUGCUCUUUCUGUGAAGUCCAAUUUUCUAACCAGACUUUCCAACAUCCCUUCUAUCGACUGAACCCCUAGUGCCACCUGGCAGAGAUGUCCACCGACGUCUGGGUCGGAAGUUGGAGACCCCACCGGCCGAGGGGACCAAUCGCUGCCCUCUACAGCAGCCCCGGGCCCAAGUAUGGCCUCCCGACCAAUGUGGGUUACCAACAGCACGAUCCUUCUCGCUUCCGGGCCCCGGCCUACAGCAUGGGCAGCCGACGUUUCCAGAUGCUGGACAGCUGCUCUCCAGGACCAGGUUACAUGGUCCCCACCAACAUGACCAUGAGAGGCAAGGAUGGGAUCCCCGCCUACUCCAUCUACGGGCGCCCCAAGGAUGGGGUGAGCUUUCGGACGCCAGGGCCAGGUCGCUAUUCUCCGGAGAAAGCUGGGAAGUUGGCUUAUCCAUGUGCCCCAAAUUAUUCAAUGGCUUCGCGGACAAAGGACUUCCAGAAUGAGCAGACACCAGGGCCCGCUGCUUACGGCCUCCCUCCCAUGCUGGGCCCCAAAGUGAUCGGGAAGAGCUCGGCUCCCAAUUACUCCAUUUUCGGACGCAGCGCCGUCGGGAGCUUCUACGAGGACCUCAGCCGGACUCCAGGACCGUGCAAUUACCGCGUGGUGGACACCGGGGUCUACAAGAACCGCCCCCCGCAUUACAGCAUCAUUGCGCGGAACAUGCUCCCGGGGGACACCACCAUCAUUCCCGGCCCCGGGGCCUACAGUCCGGAGAAGCACAAUCCACUCCGUGGCUUGACCUUCGGGAUCCGCCACUCGGACUACGUGGCACCUCUGAUUGUGGAUGUGGCAGAUUAGACCCCGGUUGGGUGGGCUGGACAAGAAGCCGUUCUUUGCCAUCUCUGGGUCUCCCGUUGAUGCUUGUGGGGGAGGGGUUCCCAUUU